CUGAAUUAACCCCAAAAAGUAUCAAAAUAGUCAAAUUUCAAUGAAGACCGUCACAGGCCAAGUGGUAUCAACAAAGCCAGUCUCUCUAUCUUCAGCAGCCAAAAACCUCUCCGCCUUCGCCUCCCUAGAAGAGGAGAACGGAGCUUCCGAUGCCGUCCGUGUGUAUCUGAAACGCGCUUCUGAUGCCUUCAACAGCUUGGUUCAAUUCCACAAGGAGCUAAAAGCGCCCCAUUUGAAUUGCAAACAUAAGGCAUCUCAACCUCUUGUUGUUGAUACAAAGAUUGAAAUUUUAGUCACCGUUGACAAAAACCCAGAUGAAGAAAAGAUCAAGAAUGUGAAAAGUAAGGGCAAGCGGAAGAAAAAUCGCGAAUUAGAGGUAAAUGAUGAAGAACCGUUAAAGAUUGAGAAGGAUAAAUGAGGGAUUGAUGAAGUUAACGCCGUGAAAAGGUCGGAAAAGAAGGGAAAACAUAAGAAAAAUCGCGAAUUUGAGCCGAGCACUGAAGGCUUGUUGAAGAUUGGCCAAGAAGCAGAUAGGCUUGACAAAGUUAAGGUA